AUGCUUACUAGAAAGUUUGGUUUGCCUGCCUGCCGCCCUCUCUGCAGAGCCUGCCAGGCUCAGCCAUGUUGCCUGAGGGGCCGGGAGCGCCUGGCCCUGGGACCUGCUGUGAAGGACGUGCCAAAAUGCCCAGAAGGAGGCCAGGGACGCGCCCGGCGCGAAUAUCGAAGCCGGCUUCGUCGGCCUCCCGGAGAGCGAUGGCGUCCCAGGGACAAGGCGCCUGCCCUCUUGACGAGGAACUCCCAGCUCCGCAAGGUCCAAUCAGCGGCUCCGGCGCUUUUCUCGCCACCAGCCAAUGAGAGGAAAUGGAACGCCUCAUGGGGGCGUGGCGGUGGGCGGUGGCGCGUCCGUUGUCAAGGCGACCGUUUGAAGGAGGCGCUCGAGGCGGGCAGGGAUCCCCCGGGGCUCAUGGCCCACCGGCGCCUGGCGGAAGCGCUGCAAGUCUCGCGGGACUUGGUGGUGAGCGGGUGCGGCAAGGACGGGGUGUGGCCGGCCGAGGGGGACUCCUGCUGCCCCAGCAGCCUGGCCUGCCUGCGGCAAGUGCCCCUUGGCAAGGAUGCGCAUGGAAUCUACAGCCUCUGCUUUGCCCCGGGUGGUGGGCAGCUGGCAGCUGGCUUUGGCAACGGCUGUGUGCAGCUGGUGGAUGCUGCCAGGGGCUUGCCCGGCCCCUCCUUGUUCGCAGGGCACCGCACACGGCAAGCGGUCACUGCCCUGAAGUUCCACCGGGCGAAGCCGGGUCUGUUGCUGGCUGCCGGGGCGGAUGGCACCAUCUCAAUCUAUGACCUGAUCUCACACUACCCUCUGGCUUCCUGGACAGAGACAGAGAACGAGAUCAACGCCAUGGACUUCUGCCGGGACGGAAGCUCCUUUGCCACAGCAGGCAAAGAUCGCCAUAUCCGACUCUACGACAGCCACACCAACCAGCUCUUUCACGUCAUGCAUGCCCCAGAUUUCAUGGCCGGGGAUGAGUUCACACCCCUCAGCGGACACUCACGGCGGAUCUUUGCCUUGCGCUUCCACCCCACAGAGCUGCAUCUCUUUCUGACGGGUGGCUGGGAUAAUUCUGUCAAGGUGUGGGACAAGCGGGUGUCCAAAGGUGCGAGGAGUGUGAUCAACGGGCCUCACAUCUGUGGCCCCGGGAUUGAUGUGAAGGGAGACCAGGUCCUGACUGGCUCGUGGGUGCCCCGCAAUGCCCUCCAGCUCUGGGACCUGCGCCUGUCUCGCCUGUGGCAAACCCUGCCCUUCCCCUGCAGUCCCACGCAGGGCGAGUUCCUCUACUCAGCCCAGUUUUGCAUGGAGGACGUGGUGCUGGCUGGCGGCAGCGGGACCAGUGGGGCGAGCGCCAUCCACACGGGCACAGGCCAGGUGGUCGGGGAGAUUCUGCUGCCCAACAAGCCCGUCCAUGUGGUGGCAUCUGCCCCCGGAGGCCAGGCUGUGGCUGUGGCUGGGGCAGGGGGCAACCUUCACUUGGCGCAGCUGCACUGAGCCCUGGAAGGAAGAGGCAUAGCGUCCUGCAGGUGCCCAACCCUGGAGUUCAGGGGCAGGGAAGCCGUCAGCCCCACACUGGCCACGGCCAGGGCGGCAGAGCCAAGUUGCUGCCUCUUGCCACAGGGGUGAUUUGGGUGGGCGAGGGUGCCACUUCCUUUCCCCUCCUUGCCCUGCCCAGACCCCCUGCCCUCCCUGCCUCAGUUUCCCUUGUUUGUUCUGUCUGAGGAGGGGGCUCCGCAUGGACCAGGGGGUGCCUGGAGCAGAGGCUAUUCCCUUCUUUGGAUCUGUGCAAUAAAAGCUUCUUGCAUCUGGA